UACUCGCGACGGUUUUAUGCCCAAGUGUCGUCCCCUUAAAGCUGCGACGGUUUUUGAACAGACGUGCCCUAAUUUUUCAAACAGUGAUAAUGACUACGACUAUUUAUGAACUGUCGUCCCUCAAAGUUUUUACAACGCGCUUAAUUGGAGAAGUUUGACGAAGAGGGCUGCGACUACUGAUGAACCGUCGUCCCCCAAAUAUUGUAUCGGCGCUACACUUAAUUGGAGGAGGUGCUACGUAUAAUUGGAGGAAGAGGGAAAACAUUUGUUUUUUAUUUUAGGUUUUUGGGUAUCUCUCAGCUCACGUCUCUCUCUCAGCUUCCAACAAUGAUUUCUGAUUUUAGGGUUUUUGGGCUCACGCAUCUCUCUCUCAUCUUGAUACAAGUUGUUGAAUAAUAAUUGUUCGAGUUAUGUCAUUUGAUUAGAACUACCUCGGUCAUCUUCUAUCUAAGGCUACACAUUUUGGAGACAAGAUUAUACUUGAAGACAUUUCAUUGUUUUAAAUUAAGUUGGUUGGACAAGUCGAAAUUCUUGUUUUACACAAAGGUAACGACGUGGAGUAGCUGUGUACCUUAUAGCUCGAGUCGGUGUAUCAAUGCUCUGAUACGUAGCACUCGGGGGGGAUGUUUGCGAUACUUGCUUGUGUCUCGUUUUAUGUUGUUUAUCUUUUCUUGAACUUUGAUGUUAUGUCUUGUGGAGACGUCUUGGACCUAUUGUGCCAUGUUGACAAGAAUAUAAGAUUUGGAUAUUGUGUUGUUAUUUGAAUUCCGCUGCAAUAUGAUGAAGUUGUUUGGAUUUAAAUGUUCGGUGAAUUGUGAGUUUCCUCCGAUAUAAGUGUUAUGUAUCCAUGUACUUUGAGCAUGAAUUGUAGUUUUGUUUAAGUCGAAUAUGUGACGCCUCAAAUUAGUUGCUUGUUUCGAUGUUUUAUACUCUGUUUGCUCUUAUUAAUUGAGGGGUAGAUUUGCGGUGUUACAUUAGUGGUAUCAGAGCAGGUCGGUCUUGUCCGGCCAAGUGUCGUGUCGUAGUAUGGUCUAACAAUCUUGUAUUGUUGUUUUGUGCUGACUGUUUCUUUGUUAUAAUGAAGAGUUGAGAUGGCGGGAAGGAAUGAUGAUGCGAUAGCUGCUGCUUUGGAAGCAAUGGCUCAAGCUUUGGAGAACCAACCGAAUGGUGGAGAGAGCGCUGCUUCUCGGAGUUUGGCUACCUUCCAAAGAGAGAACCCUCCUGUGUUUAAGGGAACUUAUGAUCCUGAUGGCGCAUUGACAUGGCUUAAGGAGAUUGAGAGGAUUUUCCGUGUCAUGGAUUGCACUCCUAAACAGAAGGUUCGGUAUGGGACUCAUAUGCUAGCAGUUGAGGCGGAUGACUGGUGGCUAGAGACCCGUAGAAGACUGGAAGCGAGUGGUGAAGAGAUCUCUUGGAUGGUGUUUCGCAUGGAGUUUUUAAGGAAGUACUUUCCUGAAGAUGUCUGUGGCAAGAAGGAAAUUGAAUUCCUUGAGCUAAGUCAAGGGAACAAAUCUGUUGUGGAGUAUGCUGCUAAGUUUGGUGAAUUGGCUAAGUUUUACCAAUACUAUGAUGGACCGAAUGGUGAGUUUUCCAAGUGCAUUAAGUUCGAGAAUAGGUUGCGUCGUGAGAUUAAGAAAGCAAUUAGUUACCAGAAGAUUCGCAUCUUUGCUGAUUUGGUUGAUUAUUGUCGGAUCUAUGAAGAGGACAACAAUGCUCAUUAUCGUGUGAUAAGUGAGAAGAGGGGAAAAGGUUAUCAAGGUCGUGGUAAGCCUUAUGACGCUCCGAGUGGAAAGGGUAAGCAGAAAGUUACUGAUGGCAAGAGAACUAGUGGGGGAGAUGCACCUGCUGGUGUUACGUGCUUCAAGUGUGGCAAGGUUGGCCAUAAGAGCACUAUGUGUACUGCUGAUGCCAUGAGGUGUUACCGUUGUGGAGAGGUUGGACAUACGCCACCCGCUUGCAAGCAUAAGCAGAUGGUGUGUUUCAACUGUGGUGAAGAAGGACAUAUUGGAAGCAAGUGUCAGAAGCCAAAGAAGGAGAAAUCUAGUGGAAAGGUGUUUGCCUUGUCGGGAACUCAGACCACUAGUGAGGAUUCACUCAUCAGAGGUACUUGUUUCAUUAAUAGCAUUCCUUUAAUUACUAUUAUUGAUACCGGUGCUUCUCAUUGCUUUAUAUCUGCUAAUUGUGUUAAACGAUUGGGUCUUGUGUUGUCUGCUAUGAACAGAGAGAUGGUUGUCGAUACUCCAACUAAGGGUUCGGUGACCACUUCUCUUGUGUGUUUGAAGUGUCCCGUGUCGAUUUUUGACAGAGAGUUCCUUGUUGAUUUUGUCUGCUUGCCGUUGAGAGUUUUGGACGUGAUCUUGGGGAUGAACUGGUUAGAGCAUAACCGUGUUCACAUCAAUUGCUAUGAUAAGUCUGUGAGAUUUUCUUCUCCUGAAGAGGAAAGCUUAGAGUUGUUAUCGGCCAGACAGUUUCGUUUGUUGAUGAAAGAAGAUGUUCAAGUGUUUGCUUUGGUUGCAUCAAUGUCUUUUGAGAACCAAGCGAUCAUAGAAGAAUUGAAGGUGGUGUGCGAUUUUCCUGAAGUUUUCCCCGAUGAAAUUCCUGAUGUACCGCCUGAGAGAGAAGUUGAGUUCUCUAUUGAAUUAGUACCUGGUACUAGACCUGUGUCUAUGGCACCGUACAGGAUGUCUGCUUUAGAAUUGUCUGAAUUGAAGAAGCAGUUGGAAGAAUUGCUUGAGAAGAGGUUUGUGAGACCUAGUGUGUCGCCCUGGGGAGCUCCAGUGUUGUUGGUUAAGAAGAAAGAUGGAAGUAUGAGACUUUGUAUUGAUUAUCGUCAGUUGAAUAAGGUGACAAUCAAGAACAAGUAUCCACUUCCAAGAAUUGAUGACUUGAUGGAUCAAUUGGUUGGUGCUCGUGUGUUUAGCAAGAUCGAUCUGAGGUCAGGUUACCAUCAGAUUAAGGUGAAAGAUGAGGAUAUGCAGAAGACGGCUUUCAGAACACGUUAUGGAAAUUAGGAGUAUUCCGUGAUGCCCUUU